AUGGAUCUUAUAAUACACCGCUUUGGCGGGCAUGAAUUCUCUCCCUAUGAUGAAAACCAAUCCAUGUCAUUACCACGGCCGUCUUAUUUCACUGGCAUGUACCAAAAUGCCUUGGCCUUAUCCCAAGUACCGUGGAUACGCCAGGUGUCACGCUUUGCCCAGUCUGGAAUACCACAAGCCGUGAUACUCUCCCUAUCUCUUAUGCAACUCAUCUACAACUUAGAUCGAAUUCGUCGACAAGAGUCCAGUUAUCGCUCUAAAGCUGCCAAAAUCCGUUGGCCGUAUGAAAUUGUUUCACAAGUGGCAAGGCUUACUGCCUUAGUAUUCGUUACACUUGCUUAUACCCAGGACAAAAUACAUUGGAUUAACAUAAUCUCCAUUGCAUACGCUUUCAUCCUUGGACUUCUACGCCUCUUCAACCAUCUUCAAUGGCGCCAUGUAUCACUGCAUCAAAUCAACUUUGUGCUCCUAGCUACCUUGGUCAUUCUUGUCUCUGGCCAUAUGCUACCGUGUAUUCAGGUCGGCACUGUAUGUCUUCACGACACAAUCACUUUAGGAGGCAUUGUCGCCAUUACAACGGCUUCUGUCAUUGCAGCCAUUACGCCAAGAGAAUGGUCCCCUUUUCAGAACGAGCUCAACAUUCCUGGCUAUGACCAGAAUGAACCGGCUCCUGAGGAAACUUGCAGCUGGUUCACCUACUACUGCACAUAUGACUGGCUAACACCAGUCAUUUGGAAGGGAGCCAAGAGGAAACUCGGCAUGGCUGACAUCCCAAGGAUAGCAUGGUAUGACGAGCCUAUGUACCUCCUUCGCCGUGUCCAGGAAGCACGCUCGAUUUCUAAAAGGACUCUCUUCACAGUCCUUCGCUUCCAGAGACGAGAGUUGAUUCUCAUGUCAUUCUGGGUUGCCACGUCGUACACGGUCGAGAACAUAGCUGCAUAUGCCAUGUUUAAGCUCCUUGAGUAUCUUGCUAACCCAGAGGGCGCCAUUUAUAAGCCGUGGCUUUGGCUGUUCCUUAUGUUCAUUGGUCCAUUAUCGCGUUCUGUUGCCUUUCAGCAGUAUAUCUUUACAUCCACGAGACUCGUGGUCCGUAUUAAAUCUGCCUUUACCCAGGAGCUGUAUUAUACUGCCUUGGCUUCAAUGGAGAUGGAAGAGGAUCCUUUUGAACUACAGUCAUCAGACACGAAACCUAGAGUCACAAACGGGCAGACGAGCACCAAAAGUACAUCGGCCGGACGUUUGGCCAAUCUCAUGGCUUCUGAUAUAGAUGCCAUCUACAAGUCAAGAGAUAUCAUUCAGGCUACUGUUGGCACUCCUGUUGGGACCCUGAUAUCCAUUGUCGGCAUGUACAGGAUGAUGGGCUGGGCAUCUUUGGUGGGAAAUGCUAUUUUGUUCUUGGCCACCCCUCUUUCCAUCUGGCUUGGACGUUUGAUGUUUUAUUCUCAGCGUCGAGUCAGAAAGGCUCAGGACUCCCGCAUGUCACUAGUGACAGAAUACCUUGCCUCUCUCCGCGCGAUCAAGUAUUUUGCGUGGGAGGAUCCCAUCACAGAAAAGAUCAUAGGCGCACGCUCGGCCGAACAAAAGGAACUCUGGAAGACUUCGCUGAUUCAAGCUUCCCUGAAUCAAGUCAUGCAGAUCGUUCCUUAUUUAUCUCUCCUUGUAAUGUUUGGCCUACAUGUUGGCCUCUCAAAACGCCGACUCGAUGCCGCGACUGCUUUCACAACUAUAUUUCUUGUCAAGAACGUUCGUCGAAACAUAAUGCAAGCUAGUGCGUUUGGAAGAAAUUUCGCGAGCGCUCUGGUUUCAGUAGCCCGACUUGAUAGGUACUUUGCGAGUACUGUUCCCAUCCCACAGUAUCCUGUAGGACCGCUCAGCAUUGACGGUGCCUCGUUCCGCAAGACAAAGGCUGCCACUUUCAUAUUGAACAAUAUCACCUUGCACUUUGCUCAAGGAGGCCUAAAUGUGAUUGGAGGUUCAAGCGGCAGUGGAAAAACCACUCUCUUGUUAUCUAUCCUUGGUGAAACGUAUUUGGAAAGUGGAUCUGUGACCAGGCCAGACGACGUGGCAUACGCCUCUCAGUCGGCCUGGUUACAGAACGACAGUAUCCAAGCUAAUAUUCUCUUCGGCAGUCCAGCGGAGAAGUUACGCUAUGACAGGGUCAUUGAAGCAUGUUGUCUUUGGGAAGACUUCAAGGAGCUGCCAGCUAGAGAUAUGACCGUUGUAGGCGAAAACGGAACUUCUCUAUCCGGUGGUCAAAGAGCUAGGGUUGCCCUCGCCAGAGCUUUGUAUUCCAAAUCAUCACUACUAUUACUCGAUGACAUUUUUGCUGCACUCGACGCAAAGACAGCUGCUGGUGUUUGGAAACACUGCUUCUGCAGUGACCUUCUGAGGGGGAGAACAACUGUACUCGUAACCAACCUCCCCUGGAUUGCUGAGCAAGCCGAUCUUUCUGUUAUGAUGGAGAAGGGUCAGGUAGAGUCGGGCUUGCCCCAGAUCGGUGUUGUCCGCAAGCCAAUUGCUAUUGCCCGAGUUCUUGGGGGCGACGCAGAUGAGGAUGAAGUACACGACGAUGCAGUGCAAGAGAUCCAACCCCAUGGUGAUGAUUUGAACGAUGCAAACAAAAUCCUUGAAGAAAAGUACCACAGGGAUAUCGUUAGCCAGGAAAUGAAAGCAUCUGGAAAGGUUGGCCGCAUGACUUUUUUACAAUACAUGAACUACUUCGGUCAUCCCGUAUUCGUCAUCGCCUGUCUUGGGCUUCUUCUGGCCACAAAUAUCUUCACCUUCCUAUCUGCUUUGUGGCUCUCUGUCUGGGUCGAGGCUUACAAUCACCAAGCGCAUGUCGAUAUCCCAUAUUACAUGGGAAUCUUUGCCGGGCUUACGUUGCUUGAAAUCGGUAGCUACUGUUUAGCCAUCAUAAUGUUUGAGUGGGGAGCCUGGAAUGCUGCGAGAAAGCUACACAACGACUUUAUUCGUGCCAUUAUGCGCGUAUCAUUGUCGUGGUUUAAACAUAUCCCCAUUGGGCGCAUCACCAAUCGCUUCUCUAGUGACAUGGCCUCUCUCGAUGGAACAAUCAGUACUAUGCUACGCAUCAUGCUUGAUACAGUUCUUCUCAUGCUAUUCCGAAUUGGAGCUGUUAGUAGUAUCAUGCCAAUUUUCAUGGUACCAGCACUUUUCACGUGCUUGUUUGGUAUUCUUAUUGGCGAGGCUUAUACUAGAACUGCGGUCGUAAUCAAACGAUUAACCUCUUCAGCCCAGUCGCCUGUCUUCUCCCAGUUUGCCGACACUCUCGCGGGUCUCCCUGUCAUUCGUGCCAGGAAUGGCAUGGCAUCGACAUUUCGAGAAGAACUGGCUGCUAAACUACGGACCUGGUCAGCUUCUUCGGAGGCCAGUUUCAAUGCCAAUCGAUGGGUGGCUGUACGUGUCGACUUUGUGACAGCGCUUGUCAGUCUCUCGGCCGGCAUAAUUGCAGUUUCACAGACGGGUGUCGUGGCCGCAGGACUGGUCGGUUUCUCUCUCACUAAUGCGAAUGGACUUAGCCAGACAAUUUUAUUGUUGGUACGAGCCAUGAACGAUCUUGAAGUAGAAAUGCAGAGUUUUCACAGAGUCAAAGAGUACGUCAAAUUGGAACCAGAAGAGAAAGAUGACAAAACCUACCCAGAGGAGGGUGAAUACACAGACGAUCUGUCACGUGUGGUUCCCCAAUCUUGGCCUAGGACUGGCGAGAUCGAGUUUCGAAAUGUAACGAUUCGAUACGACCCCGAUGGACCCGACAUUCUCACCGACGUGAACCUCAAGUUCAAAGCCGGUGAGCGUGUGGCCGUGGUAGGACGAACAGGGUCCGGCAAAAGCACAUUGGUUCUCUCCCUCUUGCGCUUUACUCAUGUGGUUUCAGGCGAGAUCCUUUAUGAUGGUGUUGACAUUACAAAAGUUCCUCGGCAUCGUCUCCGUGAGAGUCUUACUAUCAUUCCCCAGGAGGCAGUACUGUUCAACGGUACUAUCGAGUCAAACUUGGACCCUGCCGGUCGAGUUCCCAAGGAGGUCCUCGACAAAGCUCUCGAAAACUGCAAGGGCAUUGCAUCAUUCUCUCCGCAAGUUUCUGAUGAUAGCGACAACGACACAUCCUCGUCCGAUGACGAGCACAAUAUAGUGAGCCUUGCGACAAGUGUUGAUCCUCGCGGUGAAAACUUCUCGCAUGGCCAAAGACAAGUCCUCUCGCUCUGCCGUGCGCUCAUUCGCCAGAAUAAGCUAAUACUGUUCUACGGCAGGAACUUGAAGCUGCGGGGGGCGACCGCACUCUGGUAA